CUACCUACCUACUUGGCAAGUAGGUAGUGAGUAGCAGCCACAGUCGAAGGUAGGGCAGAUCGACGCACAGUAGUCCUUCCUAGUUAGUGAAGAGUUGACGUGUGGGAUUUAACUGGACGAUAUAACAAGUCGGCCAUGUUGCUGCUGGUGCUGCUGAUCGCCACGUGCUCGGCGGCGUCGUUCAAGGACCUCGGGAAGGGCAUCCAGAAGGAGGUGGUGGCGGUGGCCACGCCCGUCGAGGAGACCCUCGUGGGCAUCGGCUCUAGCCAGUGUUCCAACGUGAAGAAGCUAGUGGGGGUGUCGUACGAGCAGGUAGACGGCGAGGACGAGCCCGACCUGAACCAGCUCACCCUCGAGUACCGGGACAAGUCAGUGCGCGUGAUCUACAACAUCACCACGGCGGCGCGCAAGAUCGUGGAGUCCCGCGACUACAACCCCCGCGACAAGCUGCUCAUCUUCAUCCACGGCUUCACCGACAGCCCCGACAACGCCGGGUUUGGGAACAUCAGCGACUCCUUGCUGAGAGGAGGAGAGUGCAACGUGCUAGCUCUGGACGGCAGCUCGCUCAUCAAGUGGCUGUACCUGCGCUCCACCACCUACGUGCGCUUCAUGGGCGAGCGCCUGGGCGAGGUGCUGGCCUCCAUGGUGCAUCAUGGCGUGGACCCCGCCUCCAUCCACAUCAUCGGACACAGCCUCGGCGCCCACAUCUCCGGGUUCACUGGCAAGCAGUUCACCAACCUGACCGGCGCCCGGGUGGGCCGGAUAUCCGGGCUCGACCCGGCCGGGCCCUGCUUCAGCCAUGUCGACGAUGAUGUGAGGCUGAAUUCUACGGAUGCUGACUUUGUUGAUGUUAUUCACACUGAUGCGGGGGUUUACGGGAUUACUGAUAGUGUUGGCCAAGUGGACUACUUCCCCAACAGCGGGUCCCAGCAGCCCAACUGCUUACUACAGUCGUGCAGCCACAGCCGCGCCUGGCUGUACUACGCGGAGAGCAUCGUGCGACCUGAAGCUUUCCCGGCUGUGAGGUGUGAGGAUUGGGAGGCGUUCAGACGCGGGCGAUGUGAGAAAGAAGUCAGCUACAUGGGCUACCCCUCAACCCCCGGCACCAGGGGGCGCUACUUCCUACAAACAGCUGAUGAACCUCCAUACGGGACCGGCCGGAAUGGAACCCGCUACCACAACAACGAGGGCAUCGUCAACAACCUGGGAGGACAGGCCAGCAACUUGACCAAGAGCGUGGAGAAGGGGGCUAAGGGGUUCGGUAAUCAGGUCAAGAAUCUGUUUGGGUAGAGAGGAGGAAGAGCUAGUGUUUAGCAAGUAAGAUUUGAUCAGAU